ACGUCACCACAUUCCACCGAAUGCGAUGGAACAGCGUGUAAGAGCGUAAAGGUGGACCGAGAAAACCUGCCAGAAAUUUCUGAGUUCAAUGAAAAGGUGCAAGAUGAGGGAAGCGGCCGUUCUGCUCACACCGUGUGUGGUUCUGUGUCUUCUCCUGAGCUGCAGCCAGGCAGCCAGACAAGGACAGGACAUCAGAUGCGGAGCCUGCAGGGCUCUGGUAGAUGAGAUGGAGUGGGCCAUCUCCCAAAUAGAUCCAAAGAAGAUGAUCCAGACGGGAUCCUUCAGGAUCAACCCGGACGGCAGCCAGUCCAUCAGAGAGGUUCCUCUGGCUCGCUCAGAGGGAAACCUCCUCGAGCUGAUGGAGAUUGUGUGUGAGAGGAUGGCUGACUAUGGCGAAAGCACGGAUUCUGCAACAAAUAGGAAGUCCUACAUUAGGGUAACGUCUCGGAGCGGUGAGGCCAUGGACCUCUCAGAGGCCAAGCUGGAUUCAAGAGUUACAAGCAGUUUAAAAUUUGCAUGUGAAACAAUUGUUGAGCAGCAUGAAGAUGAAGUCAUUGAAUUCUUUGCUCACGAGACAGAAAAUGUCAAAGACAAACUCUGUAGCAAGAGGACAGACCUCUGUGACCACGCUCUGACAAUGCCCCAUGACGAACUUUGAUGUCAUCCCGCCAUGGCUGCCGUUUCUGCUUGGGUGCUGUAAUGUUUUCAGUUGUCCCUUUCUACUGGUUUAUGCCAUGGCAGUGGUGGAAGAUGUGUAGAAAUUAUUAUGUAAGAUAGAGAAAAUCCACCUGGAAAUCAAAGUGUUAUUCCUGUGAUCUGAGACAAUUUAGGGACCAUAUUGCCAAUUCUUCAGCCAUAUCUCUUUGGAAUAUGUAUACUUUGUUUAUAUACAGUAAGUUAUUAUACUUUUCAAUAUUCUGUGUUUCAUAUGAAGGCUCUUGUCUUGCCUUCAAAUGCUCCUCAUCCGAUAAAACUGAAACUGUGAAACUGCAAAAAUGAAGGUAUACUAACCAGCACACCAGAAUUUCUUGUGUAUGUAAAGUAAACAUUCUAAUUUCAGACAUAUACAGUAAGUACACAGAGAUCAGGUUGAAAAAGGUAAACUGGUCCUUAAGUUCAUUUCCAUUGAUAAAGUCUCUCCCAAAGUUAGGAAGACAUACGUUGAUGCAUUAGUGUUCUCUAUUCAUAUUGAAUGGACAUCCUCAUAACCCAACAGUCAUCUGAUGUGAAAUUAUAUUUUCAGAGCUAGCGUAAGUUUCAUGCACAUCAAUAUUAAUUGAACUGUCCAAGAUCACAGGAAUAGCAUGUUUUGGUGAAAUAUCCCAUUAGGUCAAACUGAAAAGUUAAAGACACAUUAAGUAAGAUCCCAAAUGAAGAUAUGAGAUAUGAGAGAAAUUAGUUUCACUGUUGUCCAAAUGACAAAAUGUGCCUUUAUUACUGAACAACUGUCUCAUAUGUUAUUUCACAGUCUUCACCAUUACACCCCUGGUAUUGUUACUGUUGAUAUGAAACAUUACAGUUUAGAAAACAUAAAAUGUUGCUGCUCAACAUUUCCAACAACUGACAUUGGCAAUGGAAAAUAAAUUGCAGCAUAGGCAAAAAAGAAAAUUAAGUAAGGAAGAAAGCUCUUAGUUCUGGGAUACUGUUAGCAGUUAUUAUGUCUGAAAUGUCUACUUUCCCUUCACUUUAGUCUUCUGACACAGAGCAGAUUUU